GACUGUAACCUCACCAAAAGCAUCAAGACAGAGUUACAGCAUCACUACCAUCACAUCUGAGGACAGUGGAGAAUAUCACUGUGAGGCUCAGAAUGGAAGAGGAUCUAACAUCUCUACAGCUCUGAUGAUCAUUGUAGCAGGGAAAAAGGCCUUAGUCUCUGUGGUUGUUGGUAUCACAGUGGUUGUUUUGGUUCUCAUCCUCUGUCUCUCUGGAUUCAUCUUGUUCAGGAGACAUUAUUCUACAUCACCCUCUGAUACAACAUACAAAACAGAUGAUGGACAGACAGACUCCAGUCCUAUGUAUGAGAACAUAUCAGACAUGGUCAUGACCUCUACUGCAGCACAGACAGCAGACACAGUCAACCAGGAUGACCUUCACUGUGACAGCAUCCACUACUCUUCCUCCAAGAAACAGGAAGUACCUCUUUACUCCAGCAUCCAACUGUCUCAUCACCAGGAACAGGAUGUCCAGUAUGCUGCUGUGAAAUUCAACUGUACCAGUGCUGCCCACCAACCUCUGGCACAUGGAGCUGAAGGGGACCUCUCUGUUAUCUACAGCACAGUCAACACAACCAGACCCACGGGGCCCUGAACAUAACAAGACCUGAUCGCAACAGAAGACAGGAAGUUGGAUCUUUAGUAUCACUGGACCUAGUGUUAAUUGAAUCCAUGCUCCGUUUUCUACCGACUGAGCAACAUUUUUGCUUUUUAUAUCUGAAGUCGGCACUCUCAAUGUCCACACAGAUUUUAUAUGUUCCUUUGAGGGAGGCAUUUACUUACUAUAUUCCACAGCGUUGUUGAAUAUUUGUUGCUGAUUGAUUGGCUGGAAUAAGUUCUAGAAUGCACAUACAUUUCUGAUGUACAGGACACAUAAUCAUGACAUAAAACGCCACAAAACUACUAUCUUUAGAAAUCGUUUAUGGAGUUGGUUAUAUUGUUUACACUGCAGAUGCCAACAACAUAAGCAAAUAUAUUUUAUCAAGAGUUAUGUUUUCUGGUAUACAUUUACACGUUAAUUACGUUUAUUAAUUUCUGCAAAAUAAAGCUUUUUGACCUCAGCGAUAAGUUCUGUUUGGUACCAGCCAAACACCACACAUCAUCCUGACAACAUCAUCCUUACCGUGAAGCACCUUGUGACAACUGCUGAUGUAAAAAGGGCUUUAACAAUACAUUUGAUGAAUUGAUUGAUGCUGUGGGGAUGAUUCUUUACAUCAGGGCCUGGAAAGACUGUGACUGUGAGACAUUUGAAGAUAGAUGCACAUCCUGGUAGAACACCUGUUCAUGUCUUCUAGAUGCCGGGGACUUGAGAGAUGAUUCAUUUUCAAGUAGGACGAGGAACCAAAACAUAAUAAAAUGAGGUGAAUUUCCUGUAGUGGCCCGGUCAAAGCCUCAAUCCAUUUGAAAAUACAGAGUUGAAAACCCUUGUUAGGGAAAGGUCCCCGUCCAACUUGAUAAAGCUUAAGCGAUGUUGUGGAAAGAAACUGGCAAACACUGUUGUGUCCAGACAUCCUGCCAAUGGGGCCCCUGUCAAAUAUUAACAGAAGGGGGUGAAUACUCCAGCUAUUAUUUGCUGUCUUGUGUUGGUAAUUCUUUUAGAAGUUGUAGAUGUUAUUUUUCACUGAUAUCAUGGUAUUUCUGUGUUGAUCAGUAGCAAAACCUCUUUUUUUGGGAUGAUCUGAUGAUGACAUUGGGGCUACUGGACACAUCUGUGUUGAAAUUAUAAAGAAGCAACUGGUUAAAUUGCAGGGUUUUAGUAAGGAAGACCUUUGCUUUAGUUUGCAGGGGCGAAGUUCGGCCGUUAUACCGCAGCUACACUGAAAGAGAGACAUUAAAACAAAGUGGAAAGAAGAAAGCUAAUACUGGUAAAUUGCAUAGUAAUAGGAGGACAGCCAUUGGAAUUGCAACUACGCAUGGUAUUAUGGAGCUAACAGGUUUCAGAAGCGCUAGCAGCUUGACAGAUGCGCCACAAGACCUCUUCUUCAGUACAUAGU